AAGGCAUGAGCAUCUCACAUCUCCAAACAAGGACACCCUCAAGGGAGUAACCCCGACAAAGGGGAGAAAUGAGACAGACCCUGUAUGGAAGGCGACCUGCGACAUCGACUAUCAUAGUACCUUGAAAAAGGGGAUUCUGAGGGUUCCACUUUCUUUGUCAAGGAUCAGAGAAUCCAAAAAGAUCAUGUAUAAAGGGCCACUAUCAGUUUCUUGA